GUCCCGUUGUCAAAAAUGAAUCGGCUUUUCGGUCGUAGCAAGCAGGCACCUAACCCUAACCUGUCGGACUGCAUAGGCAAUGUGGAUGGGAGGAUCGAGUCACUCGAUAAAAAAAUCGCACGAAUCGACGCGGAGCUGAUGAAGUAUAAAGACCAGAUGAAAAAGAUGAGGGAUGGACCAUCAAAAAAUACAGUGAAGCAGAAGGCGACGAGAGUGCUGAAACAAAAGAGAAUGUAUGAGGGCCAAAGAGAUCAGCUCACUCAACAAUCAUUUAAUAUGGAACAAGCCAACUAUACAAUCCAGUCUUUAAGAGACACCAAAACAACAGUGGAAGCUAUGAAGACCGGAGCAAAAGAAAUGAAGAAAGCGUAUAAACAAGUGAAGAUGGACCAAAUUGAAGACCUGCAGGAUCAGCUGGAAGAUAUGAUGGAAGAGGCCAAUGAGGUCCAGGAAGCUCUCAGUCGCAGCUAUGGCACACCAGAAAUCGAUGAGGAUGAACUGGAAGCAGAGUUGGAUGCUCUUGGAGAUGAGCUCCUGCUGGAUGAUGACAGCACUUAUCUUGAUGAAGCUUCAUCAGCACCGUCCAUUCCUGAAGGAGUACCCAGUGACUCCAAAACCAAUAAGGAUGGAGUUCUGGUUGAUGAGUUUGGCCUACCACAGAUCCCUGCAACUUAAAGAAGUAUAUACACAGAACCCGUUGCUGUUCUGUGAUCAGUGUUUGAGUGUGACAGGAAGUUUCCCCCUAAAACCUAAUAUAUGGUGCUGAAGGUGUUUUGUUGUAUUUACUGGCCAGUCUAGGAUAUGACAUUGUAACUACCUGUGUUCGUCAUUUAUGCUUAACAUUAAUUAUUUUCUUAUUCCAUUUGACGUGGCAUGCAGCUGCAUUCCUCUACCCACCUGAUAACAAGAAAUUAAAUUAAUGGGAUUGGCUGCUGAAAUCAUUCUAUUAAUUGCAUACAUUAAAAGUUUGAGAGUCAACAGCUGGCUCUGGUAUGCCAGGGUCGAAUCUGACCAACCCAGCGGGCACUUACCCAGUUAAAGAAAUGCCUUUUUAAUUGCAAUUACAUAUUUUAGUAUUUGUUUUAUUUACCUAAAGCCAAAUUACAAAUUGGUCAACUGGUCAAGACAGAUUGUGUCUUUCUUUUCUGUGGUAGAUGUUGAAAGAAUUAUUCUGGAUACUGUUCAGGUACAGUAUUUCACUUCCAUGGGUUCCACUAAGCAAGUCAGUCUAAAAGAUGCAAAUGUAGUUUACAUAUUUAACAUGACCUUGGUUCUGUUGAUAAUAUAUUUGAUUAAUGAAUAAAAUAUACAAAUCUGUUAUAUAAAAUGUACAUUUCGAAUGUGAAAUAUUAAUGCAAAAUGUAUCAUAACAGUCGCUUUCAAGACAUUCAAUAAAUUGUUGUAUUUGAAAAUACUGGAGUGAAACAUUUCUCAGAUAUAUAGUAAUGACAAAAAAAGUGAAAAAGAAAUUAUAG